CGAGUUUGGAAACUUCGCACCCCAUUUUCUCAAUGCCUACUUUUUACAGAUGGGACUGACUUGCGAUUCACGGCAGUAUAGAACUGUAUGAAAGUAAUUGCUCAUCUAGGUAUUGAUAAACGUUCCGGCUAGAAUUGCACUUUCCGCGCUUUUCGCAAACUAACAUAAUAGGCACAUUUGCGCAAGUACAAACACUGCGAUGAUGUCCAAAUAUUUUGUAUUGCCUCUUGUCGACUCAAUACCCGUAUCCAUGGUAACGGGAUUGCGCUCAAACAAAUCGACGUUACUUCGAUUAAAAAUUUGCACCGCCAACAUGGAUCUGUACGACGAAAUGUACGAAAUUAAAAAUAGUCGCGAAAUAGACGACAGUCCACCGCCCGAUUUGGACGUUUCCAGCUCGUUGCAGUUUGUGAACGAAGAUCCACCGGAAGACGACCCGGUUCCGGUUCUAAAGAAAGAUACUAAAGCGAUCGAUGAUGUGGAUGAGGAAAUUACGAAGGUCACCGGCGGUAAGCCGAGCACCAUCUUCAAGAAGAGGGAAAGCCUGCAGAAGCAUGACUCCCUGACGGAUAGCAGUGCGAGCGUUUCCGAGGAUGAAAAGGAAAUGCCAAAGAGUUUGGUCGAAGAAAAAGAAUUCAAUCCAAAGUUCUACGAGAAUAUUGAGGCGCCCAGUGAGGUGAAAGAGCUGUUCCAAUAUAUAACGCGUUUUUCGCCGCAACGUGUUAACAUUGAUUACAAACUGAAAAUUUUCGUACCCGAUUUCAUUCCCUCGGUUGGCGAUAUCGAUGCCUUCUUGAAAGUUUCUUCGCCGCCUUUCAUCAAUGAGGAAAAAAAGAAAGUAUUGGCGGAUCACAUAAAAAAACUGGGCUUAGAGACAUUGGACGAACCAUGUGGCGAUCAAAGUGACCGUGUGCUGCUACAGAUGAAAAUGCGAUCGAUAUUCACUAAGCCUUUAGAGACCCCGUCCGCAAUCGCGAAAUCAUCCAAGGAUGUCGACCGAUGGAUAACGGAAAUGCAAGCGCUCAAAGCGAGCCAAUCAGUACAAAACAUAAACUCGCUCCGGUCGGCAGUAAACAUUGACAAUCUGAUGUCGGAGUGGCCAGAGGAGAUUGAAAAAAUGCUCGAUACGGUUGGGUUUCCCUCAGCCAACUUGGAUUGUUCGCUGAGUAGGUAUAUUGAGAUAAUUUGUAACAUUUUCGAUAUUCCAGUGCAGGAAAGUAACGGACAGGCAGGAUACAUUCAAGCGUUGUAUAAUUUGUUCAAUCUCUAUUUGGCCGUUAAGCAACAGGGUAACGUCUAAUCACUAACUAAGGAACCAAAUUUAAAUAAAGUUCUAAGAAAUCAAUUGCAGCUAGCUAUGUUUGCCUUAUUUCAAUAUCCUAACGUAAGAGUCUCCUAUACCGAACUUGAAGAUAGCCAA